AUGCCGUUUAAAUUGAACAUUUCGAAGAUCUCAUCCGGACUCAAUCUAAUCUAAAUUUUCUUCUGUCACCUAAAAUGAAGGCAGAAGAUUAAGAAAGUUCUCGAUUUUCAAAAAUGAGGGUCAAUAAGGCCAAGAAUAUGUUUUGUAAAAAUGUUAGUGCUAGUUUAGAACUUCUUGCCCACGUUAAAGACGAAGAAUCUUACCAAACUACCGCCUGGUUUGUAGAAAAAAUCUCCCAAUGGUUUGCUCUCAUGACUUCUCGACACCCCGUGCUUGCAUUGAGCAAAUGUAAAAUUGAUAAGUACAACGAAGCUAUACAAAUUUUAAAUGAAAUAAGAGAUAUUUUUCGGGACAUCCAGAAAGGUCACAAAAAUGUGUGGAAACCCCUGCAAACCGGAAUUUUAAUUUCAACCACUUCAAUUUCACAGCUUGCUGAAUAUUAUCUUGAAAAAAAAGGCUUACCGUUCUUACUGACGGGACGAUUUACACAAGAUUGUGUGGAAAAUCUCUUCUCCAUCGUGCGAUCAAAACAGCCAGUUCCAAAUGCAUUGCAAUUUUAACAAAAUCUUCGGCUUGUA